AUGGAUCGUAUGGCAGAUGCUCUAAAUUUAGCCUCUGGAAACUUGCAUAAUUUACCCACACAAUGUGAACAAGAAGUUCGUAUUGCCGAUGGAACUACGGAAGCAGCAGUGAAUUGUUCUCAUGAUAACAAAAGCGGUGGACAUCGCUCACUUCUCGUCCCAUUACGAAGAUCCUCCACCACCUCAUUUGCUGCUUCUAUUAAUCACAAAAACAAAAACAACAACAACAACAGUAAUGGGAGAAAUAACAACCAUAAUGCCGGAAGCAGUAAUAUUGUUACUACCGCAAAUGAGAAUGCGUGUUUGGCGGCAGUGUCACUGAGUAGCACAUCGCAUGAGUGGACAUCAUCGUGCGCUACUUUGCAGAAGAAUCAGAGAUGGACGUACACGGCGGCGUGUGCCUGCAAUCACACAGACGGCAGUGAUCAUCCAUCACAUGGUGUGGAAUCCGCCACCUUAGCAGCACCCACAUGCUCUGAGUGGGAUAGUGAUAGUGCUAACCACGUGAAUAGCACUAAUGCUGUUGCUUUUGUUGGUAAUAGUGAAGAAGGAGGAAUUGGUUCAGAAAAUGUAUUGCGAAGAAAUGAUGCACACUGUACAACGCACCUUCAUGACUCAAAGAGUAUAGGAAUUGGUAAAAAUUUUCGUCAAGACCAUAUUGCCCUUGAUGGGAGUAACAAUAGCAUCAACGACAAUGAUAAGAAGAAUAGUGUUUAUUGUGAAGAUAUUAAUGGUUCAUCUUUAAAUAAACCAUUUAAUGGUAAUGUGCCGCAACAACGUGGAGGAUGUCCACCUCAACAUCAUAAUCAGCAGCAACAACAACAACAACAACAUCAUCAUCAUCAUUUCCAUAAUCAUAACCACAAUUACAAUCAUCAUGUUGUUGGUACUUCUCGCCGUUCUCAUCGACGACGUGGAUUUGGUGCCGCUGCAGUUGAGGCCAUUUGUAACCGUUCUUCAAUUGUAUAUAUUUCACCUCAACACAGCACGUUAUCUCCUUCACUUAAAAGCAUUAGACCAAAAAGGCACUCUUUCACCUCUGGUGAUCACGAGCAUCAUGUGGGUUUUCAGGUUCCACUUCCUCGCUCUAAAGCAGGUCGUUGGAAUUCUCAAGAUACAAUAACACCAUGUGAAACUACAGAGGUGAUGACAAAUCAUACUACAGAAGAAUGCGAUUUAGGAAAUAUUGCAACUUCAGCAGUAGGAACAACAGGAGAAGUGGAUAGUAAUUCUGGUACAUACCGCUUCUCUAGUAUAGCUCCUUUUUAUGACUGUGCGAUUCAGCAACUUAUUAUUGAAUGUGAAAUGAGAGUGGCUAAUUUAAGUGAAGAUGCACGUGAAAAUGCGAUGUAUCAGCAGAAUUUUCAAGAACUUCAGCGUCAACCACAACUUCCUCCUUCAAUAAGUACACGUUCCUUUGAUAUGCAACAUCCACCAUUGCCCAAUUCUCGAAUGUUUGCGAGUUCUCCAACCAUAUCAACUCCGAUGCACACUUUUCUUCUCCCACAGACACGUUCUUGUAGGGGUGAUAUAUCCCCGCAUCAUCAACAACAACAACAAAACCAACAACAACAAAAUAAUAAUAAUAAUAAUGGUGGAACAGAUAGGUGGAUGAAUGCACCUUCGAUGGUUGGAAAUUCUCGCUCUUCAGAGCCCCGCCCUGAUGUAUAUGGUAGUUUGUUUUCUCUUUUUUCUGAUGAACCGGUUGAAUUUGGAUCGACUGGUGCCCCUGGCACGACGUCUGCGAUGGUGCAUCAACUUUUAACUUCUAUUGGGGUUCAUGUUGCUUAUGGAGAUGCCGCUCCAAUGGUGUUGAUUGGAGCGCUUGUGUACAUGUCGCGCCUAACGCUGCAGUGUACCUCUGUUUUCGCUGGCGUAACGGCGACGAAUUGGUACCGACUCAUCACUACAGCCAUUUUAAUAGCCUCCAAGAUGUAUGUGGAUGGCAGUCGUCGGUGGAACGCCCGUAUAGCGCAAGCCGCUGGGAUUCCACUAGCGGAGAUGAAUCGUCUUGAAUUGGAUUUUCUCUUUCUCGCUGACUUUGAUCUUCUGGUGCGGGAGGAGGAGGUGGCGGCCUGGGCGGACUGGAUGGAGGCCGUCGCCCGGCGGCGGAGACUCAACACGCCCCUCCGCACAUUCAUCUUUGGGGAUUCCUACGGGCAUGGAUACCGAACCCCGCCGUCCACCGCCACAACUCCCCUCUCCUCCUGCGCAGGGGAGGAAGUGAUGUUGGCCCAACGCCCAUUCACACACGCACAUGGUAACAAUCAUGCAAACGGGAAUGUAAACAUCAAUACACUCUCUCCCGCUAAUGCACCAUCUACACCUAUAGCGUUUACGCCACUCGCCGCCAGGACUCCACUGUUGCGUACCACACACGUUUCCCCAGCGAAUGGAAGGACAGUACGCAGUUCUCAACGACUGUCCGCCUCAUUCGCACUUGAUAACACCGAGCGACAACAAUUAUAUUAUUCACAACAACAACAACAACGUAAUGUGUUCAUUUCAUUUUCGCAACCCCCACCAUCACCACUGCAGUUCUGCGAUACCCCUAAUAUGUUUCCACCAUCGCCGCUAUGUGCCCCCUUGUUUCCACGAAGAGGAGAACGAUUAUUUUCUGUUGUGCAUGCUCCACAGGAGCCUCUGACACCACCCAAUCUCCAACAGAUGUCAGAGAUGGUGGACACACCGCUAACACCACCAGAACAGCUGGAUAUGUCACCUGUGGAAUUCUUUAAAAAAUCAACACGUACAGAACGGAAUAGCAUUAGUAAUGGAGUAGUAAAUAAGUCCACCCUUGCAAGUGACACCGGUCAUAGCGUCGUUACUAAUGAUGUGGUGAACAAUGGUAAUAACUUCGACGACGACAUUUUUGACGAUCUUGAAGAAAGGGUAAAACCACCGCAUCGUGUCCUAAACAUCUUAUCACCACCUACUACUAACCCCGGACCACUACUACCUCCUGGCUUGGAGAAAUACCACCAAAUGAGCGACAAUAAUAAUAAUAAUAAUAAUAAUAAUAAUAAUAAUAAUGGUAACAAGAGCGAGGAGGAACCAACUGCUGCGAAGGCAGUGCAACCACAGGAUUGUAGUUGUCAUUCUAGGCGUAAUGAAGAUGCUGUUAGCAGUGCUAUUAAAAAUGAAUUAAAUUCGAUUCAUACAAAUAUUGGGGUACAACAAAAAAAAGGUGUAUCUAGUACUGUUAGUAAUACUUCAGAUUCCUCCGUAAUGAAAACAAAAGGAGCAGUAACACAUCCUGGAUGCGGCAAUGGCGGUGGGUGGAAGCAAGUGGCAACACAGGUGCGAGAGAUGUUUGGAGCAACACGCUCCUUUGUUUGUAGUUCACCUCUUAACUUGCUGAGAAUGGAUGACAGUGACAAUGAUGUUAAAAGAAAAAAUGGAAAGGGACACAAGGAAGUUUUGGGAAAUGAUUGCAGCAAUUUGCACGUUACCCAUAACGAUGAUGAUGAUGAUGAUAAUAUGGAUGAUGGCGAGUAUGGUGAUGAAAAUAAUGGGUUUAAGGACGACUUUGAGGAUGACUUUGAGGAUGACAUCGUUAUGCGCCGUCAUCUUCUGCCGACACACUCACCACCAGCGUAA